GCAAGAGUUCCGACACAGUUUCUGAGCCAGACUGAAAGCGGUCGCUCGAGGCUCGAUCAUGUUUAAUGGGUACUUCUGAGCUCUUUCCAGUCGCGCGGAUCCCGGUGGCAGCCGCGUGGAUGUGGAUGUACCCGUUAGCGGCGGGCCCCUUAUCUGCAAUGAGCUUGGCACCGAACCCUGGUCCUCAGGAUCCAGGCGAUCCAACUUCAUAUGUGAAGUCGCAAUUUGUCCUUCACCUCUCUCGUCGCCUCCACAAUUUGCCCUUGGCGCAGGAUUCAAAGGUGCAGGAGCUCCCAAUGCCACCGUCUGCCCGCGCGUGUCACACGGAGGCUGUCCUUUCGCGCCGGACUGACAGAGGAACUGGGGGUCGGCCUGCUGCGCUCUGCAGAUUGAACUGAGACAGUCUGGAAGAUGCGACCGCGUCAGAUCCUCACCCUCGGGGCCAUUGUGCUCGCCUUCUUCCUCGUAUACUCAGUGCUCCGACUUGGUCCAUCGACACAGCCUCGCCUCACGCCAGAUCCACCGUCCUCCCAACCAGACUCUGCAGGUGGCCGGCCGGUACACGCACACGAUGGCGACAGCUCCAGCGCAGGCGACAAGGUCCCAGAGGCUGAUGCGCCGCCCCGCGUCAAACACAAGCCAGCCCCCGGCGGCUCACAUCCCAUGUGGCAUCUCAUCAAGGAUGCCGAGGCGAAGCUGGAGGAGACCAAGGUGCGACAGUCAAAGUCCCUGAAGGAGGCAGUGGCCGAAUACCGCAGGCGGUACGGCAUCCCGCCUCCACCCAACUUCGACAAGUGGUACGAGUUUGCUACGAGCAGAGGCGUGCAGCUGAUCGACGAGUUCGACACGAUCCACGAACUGAUCACCCCUUUCUGGGGGCUGAAGCCGUCUACAAUACGAAACCGCGCCCAAGAAGCACUCGGCUUCGCCAAUGCGCUGCUGGGCGUGCAGAUCCGCCACGGCAAGAUCAGCAACCUGGAGGGCGGGGGAGACUGGCAGCGCGACGCGACCGAAGGCAUGAUGAAGCCGUUCAUAGAAUAUCUUCCCAACAUGGACUUGUGCUUCAACAUCCACGACGAGCCGCGCGUGGUCGUGCCGCACGACGACAUGACGCGGCUCGUGGACAUUGCCAAGAACAAGAACAUGAAAGCUGCCAAUGCUGUUGCACAUCCCCGGAACGAGUUUACCAAGAAGCCCAAGGGCCUCAACGAGGGUUCGCACUUUACCGAGACGAAGCUCACACGCUUCAACGUGUUUGCCCACCAGCCGACCUGGACCCACUCAAGGAUGUCGUGCCCGCCCGAGAGCCCUGCCCGCGCGAUCGAGGAGUCAGACAGGAUCGAUGACGUCGAGAAGUACGGGCUGGGCGAUCUGGGCUUCGUUUACAAUGAGACGGCCAUGGCGGACAUAUGUUACUCGCCCUCGCUAAGUGAGACAUAUGGCUUCUUCGACCGACCCAAUGCCUACAACAUAGUCCAUGACUUAUUUCCCAUCUUUUCUCAGUCCAAGAUCUCCUCGUACAACGAUAUCAUAUACCCGUCUCCCUGGUAUUGGUACGAGAAGGUGAGCUAUGACGAGAAGAAGGACCAGUCAUGGGACACCAAGAAGGACCAGCUAUACUGGCGCGGUUCUACCACGGGUGGCUUCUCCCGAAAUGGGGGUUGGAGGCGACAGCACCGGCAGCGCUUCGUGCAGAAGAUCAAUGCGGCGGACCAGGCCAAGAUUCUCACCAAUCGCGGCGACGAGACUCAUCCUAAAUUCGAGGUGAAAGAGGUUCCCAGAGGGGACUAUAAGGACAUUAUAUCCGUGCAGUUUUCGCACAUAGGCCAGUGCGACCCGGGUGAUUGUGACGCCCAGAAGGAGUUCUUCCAGGUCACAAGCCGGGUUGAGCAACAAGAUGCUUGGAAAUACAAGUAUCUCCUGGACAUUGACGGUAAUGCCUUCUCGGGGCGAUUUUACGCUUUCUUGAGAAGCAAGAGUCUCAUAUACAAGUUCUCGAUAUUUAGGGAGUGGCACUACGAGUGGCUCAAGGGUUGGGCGCACUACAUCCCUCUCAGCUUGCAAGGCGACGAGUGGCUCGAGGCAGUGCGCUUCUUCGGCGACGGGGACCUCGGCAAGAAGGAGGCUGAGAGGAUCGCAUUGCAAGGGCGGGACUGGGCGAACAAGGUGCUGAGAAAAGAGGACAUGGAAGUCUGGUUCUUCAGGCUGCUAUUGGAGUAUGGCCGAGUCAUUGACGACGAUCGGGAGAACAUUGGAUUUUCUUUCGGCGAGCCGCCUGCGAAACCCUAGUGGCUCUAAUAUGCAUUAUCUCUUCAGCGUAGAGCCAUUCGAGCCUUUAUGAGGUGUCUAUAAAGUUGUAAUAUUUUCACACGCGCGGAAAUGCUCGGCAUAGGCAUUGGCGUUUUGAUUACGACUCGAUCGAGCCGGGUAUACAUGGCUAGUUGGAUCAUAGAAUGCCUCGUGGACAGGCCCAGCGAAGCAAAGCUGUCGACUCUUGCAAACAAGAAGUGCGAUAUAUUUGAUUAUCAGCAAAACAAAUCCACCAACACAUUGUAUUGUGCUUGAAUGUUUAUGCUCAAGUGGGUAUCAUAUUGUGCCAUAGCCAAACUUGCUACUUGCUACUUGGACCUGGACCGUACAUCGUCAUACAGUGUAUCAAUGACCUGGAAGACAACCGUCACGUCCUUCAUGACACGCUCAUCUGCCUUCUCCCUCCCUCCAAGUUUCUGCUGGACCUUGUCGGGAUGCCAGCGUACACGUUGUUCCUUCAGCUUUGCGGCAAACUCCCUUUCGCCUAGAGUUUCCAGGUCCAGUCCCCUCACGAAGAAGGCCCGGACCUCCUCCUCUUCCACGUCCUUGCGCGUACCGCUUUUAGUUGGCCAAGGGAUCCUGUCCGCG